GCCACUCGCCUACCAGCUCUACCACUAAAUCUCGGGCCCGACCCGACCACUCUUCGCCCACAGGAAGAGGCCUUUUUCCUCAGCAAUUGCCUGGCCUUGGGGCCUUGGGGCCUGGCUUUCGGCUCUCUCUGAUUGGCUCACGGGCUGCCUGGCGUUUGACGGGCCCUCCUCCCCCCUCCUCCCUCCACUCAGAGGCCUGAUGCCCAGGCUAGACGAGACGAGUCGGGCCUAGUGAGGAAGUGGAGCCCAUCAUUGUGUCCCACGACCCGCCCUCACUCAUUCGGUUCCAUCAUGGCCAUGGGACGCCCCUUGCGGGUGUACCACAACCUGCCUCAGGUGGGCGUCCAUGCCGCCUACUCCUUGGUCAUGGAGCAGAAAAACCGCGACGAGAUUCUCUUGGUCGAGAACUACGCCAUUGUGGCUUUGGGCGUGCGCGAGUUCGAGGCCUUGAAGAAGGAUUACGUGAAACACACCGAUGCUUUUGGCAGCUUGGGCAUUCUCCGCGUUAGCGAUGGCUCACCCGGGAUAGGCGAGCAUGUGUUGUAUUUCUUGGUCCUGGUCACGGGCUGCGUUUCGGCGGGUAAAAUCGGCACCUCCGAGAUCUAUCGGGUGACCAAUGUGGUCAUGAUUUCCAUGCGCAACUUGCCGCAAGAUGAGGAGAAAGUGACCGAGAUCAAGAAACUGUUAUGUUGCGGUGCAUUCUACUUUGCCUGGAGCCACCACGACACGCCCAUCGAUCUGACGCUCUCCACACAAAAGGCCGUCAAGUUUGCCAAGACAGACAACCGAUUCUUCUGGAAUCGGAUGUGUCACAUUCCCUUCAUUCGUCAUGGCAUCAAUUGCCAGGAUUGGCUCUUGAAGGUAAUGUGCGGCAGUGUGGAGAUACGAACUGUCUACGUGGGAUCGAGGCAAGCCAAGGCGGUCGUGAUUUCCCGACUCAGUUCUGAACGAGCGGGCACCAGAUUCCAAGUCCGAGGCGUGGACGAUCAAGGUCAUGUGGCGAAUUUCGCCGAGACCGAACAAAUGAUCGUGGUGGGAGAAGAUAUCUCUUCGUUUCUACAAAUUAGAGGAUCCGUUCCACUCUUUUGGGAUCAACCUGGAAUCAAUGUGGGGUCGCACAAGAUCCGCAUGUCCAGGGGUCCUGAGUUAUCCACCACGGCCUUUGAUCUGCAUCUCACCACGUUGAAGCAAAACUACGGACAUCAAGCCAUCGUCAAUCUAUUGGGAUCGUCUUUGGUUGGGAGUAAAGAAGGCGAGGCGACGCUUUCCACGGCUUUUCAAACCCAUCAAAAGCUAUGUGAGCAGCAUUUGGAUGUGCCGCACAUUUUAUUCGACUAUCACGCCGAAGUCAAAGGUGGGAGCAUCAAAAACCUUUCUCGUCUUCACGAAAAAGUCCAGCAAUGUGUCAACAAAUUCGGAUUCUUUACCAAAGUCGGACCCAAUGUCUCGCGGGAGCAAUAUGGCACAGUACGCACGAAUUGUACGGAUUGUUUGGAUCGAACCAAUGCCGUUCAAGCUUUCUUAGGAAAUCAAAUACUGGCCUAUCAACUACAAGACCUCCAAUUGGACGACAAAUCCAACAUCGUGUCUCGAUUCGAAGAAAUGUUCAAACAAAUGUGGCAAAACAAUGGCAAUGAACUCAGCAAAAUGUAUGCCGGAACUGGGGCUUUGGGUGGUGGAACCUCCAAGAUCAUUGAUGGUGCAAGAUCGGCGGCCAGAACGAUUCAAAAUAAUCUCUUGGACCAAUCCAAACAAGAGGCCAUUGAUGUCCUUCUCUUUGGAAGCUCCUUCAAUAGCGAUCUUGCUGAUCGUGCUCGAGUGCUAUUACCUAGUCAUUAUAUCAAUGCUCCUCGUCCGGUCUUGGAGAGUCUGGUCCAUCGAUACUUGAGCUACUCCGAGCCGGUUCCAUUACGGGUGGGUGUCGGUACCUACAAUAUUAAUGGUGGGAAGCAUUUCAGGAGCAUCGUGUACAAGGAUGUUUCCUUGUCCGAUUGGCUCCUUGACGCCCACAAGACGGUGAAAGAAAGCGCGCUUAUAGACUUGAGCGAGUGUUCCACGGAUGAAAAGAAGCCCAUUGAUAUUUAUGCCAUCGGCUUUGAAGAGAUGGUCGACUUAGACGCAAAAAACAUCAUGAACGCCAGCUCGGAGAAUGCCAAAUCUUGGGCUAGUGAGCUCACCAAGACGCUCAAUCGCGAUGAAAAGUUCAGCUUGAUCACUUACCAACAAUUGGUGGGCGUUUGUUUGUAUGUGUUCGUUCGACCUGAAUUGGCGCCUCACAUUCAAGAUGUGGCCGUGGAUUGCGUUAAAACAGGCAUGGGUGGUGCCACGGGCAAUAAAGGGGCGGUAGCCAUCCGACUUCGAUACCACUCGACGUCAAUUUGCUUUGUUUGCUCACAUUUUGCCGCAGGGCAAGGUAACAUCACGGACAGAAAUAACGAUUUUAACGAGGCCGUUAAACGCAUCAUCUUUCCCAAGGGUCGAACUUUGAUGAGCCAUGAUUACGUAUUUUGGUGCGGGGAUUUCAAUUAUCGAAUCAAUAUGGCCAGGGAGGAUGUCAAAGCCUUGGUUGCCAAUGAAGAUUGGGAGACCCUUCUCAGCGCUGACCAACUCAAGAUUGAACAUGGAGAAGGCAAUGUGUUCCAAGGCUUCAUUGAAGGCCCCGUGAACUUUCCCCCUACUUACAAGUACGACCUGUUCUCGGAUGAUUACGACACAUCCGAGAAGUGUCGAGUUCCUGCUUGGACAGAUCGGAUUCUUUGGCGGAGACGACAAUUGUCUCGUGUUCCUCCAGAGGGUUGGAGUGCCGGACAAUGCCAUUGGUAUGGACGAGCAAAUCUGAAACAAUCCGAUCAUCGACCUGUCCUUGCAAUUCUGGAUGUCGAGGCAUUGAAGGUAAAUGUUGAGAAACGCGAGGCCAUCUUCGAAGAUGCGCUCAAGGACGUGGGACCGCCGGAUGGUUCUGUGUUGCUUCAAUUCGAGAACGUGGUCUCGUUCGAUCUUCAAAACGUCAUUGAUGAUCAUUUCAUGGACGAACUUCACGAGGAGUUGGGGAAAGUGGGACCUAUUCGAUUCACGAAAUACAUCAACGAGAUGAUUUGGGUGGCGUUCAUGAAUCAUUCACACGCUCUAGAUGCCGAAAAGGUUCACCAAAUAUCUGUUUGUGGUCACGAGAUCACCAUUCGCCUGAAACAUCCAAAUUGGCGAGAACUCCUUGAGCAGGAGUUGGAACUCUGCUCAAGCAAUACCAUUCCCUUGUGUGGAACCAAAGAGCUUAAUAUGAGAAAGGAAUCCGCUCGAAUGCUCUCACAACUCUCACAACUCUCCUUCGAGGAAUUGGAAGAUAUCACAAUGACGGUGUCAAAUCAAGAUCCAAGUGUGGAGACACCAGCCACUGUGCCUCCAGCAAGGCCACGCCCCCCUCCUCCUCGUCCUGCUCCUCCGCCAGGUCGUCCGGCCCAACCACCUUCAAGACCCUCAGCUCCUCCCGCAAGGCCAGCUCCACCUCCGGAAAGGCCUAAACCCCCCGGAAGACCGGAAGCUCCCAAAUCGGCUUCCGCAUCCCCACAGCCUCCCAGAAAACCGCCUCCACCCAUGAUGCCACCCAAACAAGCUGUGGAGGAUCAAGAUACCAGAAUGGAAGAGCCUCUAGCCAGACCACCCAAUUUCGUUCGAGAAAUUAGUCAAACUCCCUCGGAAAAAGCAGGUUUCUCCGACAUUUUUACCGUGACCUCGCCGGUGACCGCCGAUCUUCCCAUUUCAUCGUCUACCGGAAGCAUCGUAGCCUUAACCAUGGACCCGUCUUCGGGAACCACCACCAAAAGCUCGUCCUCCACCACCAGUUUAGAAUAUCCCGAGGGCUACGACCCCGUGAUUGAGUCUGGCAAAGCUUGGUCCAACGGGCAGGAGCAAACCAUUCCGGGGCAAGACAAGCCCACGGAUCUGCCGGUUGUGAGACAAUUGCCCAAACUCCCUCCGCGUCAGAGUUCGAGUGAAAGUGGAAAGAGCACGCCCUCGGGUUCCACUCCUGGUUCACCAUUCAAAUUGGCCCCCAAAAAAGGGGGUGCCCCGCCUCCGGCACCACCCCCACGAGUUCCACCAACACUUCCGGGUCGACCGCCGGCCUCAGCUGGUCGAGCCCCUCCCCCCAUUCCCAAGCGCUAAAACCAAAGAUUGAUAGCGACGACUAGAAAAUGACAUGCUCCAACUCGACUCCUUUGCAUGCUCCAAUGGGGCGUGAUCUCCAUACGAAAAAAGACAACAGUCAGAACUGCUGCUGGUUUUGCAUUUCAAUUCCUCCCUUAUUAAUGAAUAGCGAGUACACCAUAGCAAGAAAAAUACUCACACCAGCUGAACUGUCGACUUCUUUGUCAGGUCUUUGAAAACAUGUUACAUUUAUGAUGGUUAUUACUUAUUGAUGAACGUGAACUUGUUGCAAAUGUUAUUAAAUACAUACAUCAUUUCGUCUCA